AAGUGUCGGUGUUGAGGCACGGUGCGUGUGUCCGUCUGCGGGAAGCGCACUCAGACUGCGGGGCUUUGCGGGUGUUUUCCUGUGUGGAGCUGCAGCCGAACGUGGUGUAAGGUUCCCCCCCGGCCCCCGAUGCCUCCCCGCGGCCGCCCCGCCGCUGCGCCUCGGCCGUGAGGAGCCCCGCAGUCCGGAUCCAGGUGGCCCCUCCCCCUCCUCCUCCUCCGAUGUCUCUUCCACUCCAGCGGUUGAUGAAGGUGGAGAACCGUUCCGCCGGUCGGCGCCGCGUCCUGGACGGAUGACACGGCGCCGGGGGACAUGGAGACGGACGAGACGCACGGAACUCUGGGAGAGCCACGCUGACACGGCCAGAGGUUCCACGUUUGAUUCCCUGAGCAGCUUCCACGCUCGGUUCCCUCAGGACACGAGCCGGCGGUUCCACUAAGAUUCCCCCGGGACGCGGCCCGGAGGUUCCGGUUCCGUCCGGCUGGCCGAGGCGUUCCGUGCACUCGGCGUUUCCGCCGGCGGCGGGGCGGGACGCGGCGAUGAGCUCGGAGGGGUUCCAGUACCGAGCGCUGUACGACUACCAGAAGGAGCGCGAGGAGGACAUCGACCUGCGGGUGGGCGACCUGCUGCUGGUGUCGCGCGCCGCGCUGCAGGCGCUCGGCUGCGGCGCCGGCGCCGAGGAGCGCCCGUCCGAGAUCGGCUGGCUGCCCGGCUUCAACGAGAACACGCAGGAGAAAGGGGACUUCCCGGGGACGUAUGUGGAGUUUGUGGGCCGGAAGAGGAUGUCCCCGCCCACUCCUAAGCCCCGCCCACCCAGACCACCGUCUGCAGCGUCUGCCAGGACGGACUCUGAGUCUGAAGGUCCUGACCCGUCUGCUCCAGGCUUCCUGCUGCCGGACCUCCCGGACCAGUUCGGACCCCCAGACACGGCCCCGCCCCUCCUGGGACGACUGAUGGAGGCCAUCGAGAACCGAGGUCUGGACUGUCCCUCUUUGUACCGCAGCCUGACUGGAGGAGUUCUGGACCCCCGGCAGCUGGCUGAGGCCGACCUGGAGCAGCUGGACGUGGUGUCCCUCUGCGACGGGGUGAUCCGCUUCCUGCUGGACCUGCCGGGUCCGGUUCUGCCGUCGUCACUGCAGGCUGACAUGAUCCAGACCGUGCAAGAGGUCAGGGACCCUGAGGACUGCGCCCAGGUCCUGAGGGGCGUGGCCAGCUCGCCCGGCUGCCCCGCCCAGUACGGCCUGACCCUGCUCAGCGUAAUCCGACACCUGGCCCGCCUCUGUCUGCACGGAACCAGAACCCAGCUGAGUCCCCGGAGCACCGCCGAGACCUUCAGCCCUCUGCUGUUCAGACCCGGCGGGUCUGACUCCGGUCUGGAGCCUCUGGUUCAGGUUCUGGAGGUUCUGAUCACCAGUGAACUCAACAUGAAUCAGGCUGCACCAGCGCUGCCUCCUAAACCCUCCAGAGCCUCGUCUGGCAGCAGCUUCAGCAGCAGCGUCUCCCUGCAGGACGCCGAGUGGUACUGGGGGGACAUCUCCAGAGAGGAAGUCAAUGAGAAGCUGAGGGACACCGCUGACGGGACGUUCCUGGUCCGAGACGCCUCCACGAAGAUGCACGGAGAUUACACCCUGACCCUGAGGAAGGGGGGGAACAACAAGCUGAUCAAGAUCUUCCACCGGGACGGCUCGUACGGGUUCUCCGACCCGCUGACCUUCGGUUCCGUGGUGGAACUCAUCACCCACUACCGCCACGAGUCCCUGGCCCAGUACAACCCCAAGCUGGACGUCCGGCUGCUGUACCCGGUGUCCAGACUCCAGCAGGACCAGGUGGUGAAGGAGGACAGCAUCGAGGCCGUGGGGAAGAAGCUGCAUGAGUACCACCUGCAGUACCAGGACAAGAACCGCGAGUACGACCGGCUGUACGAGGACUACACCAGAACCUCCCAGGAGAUCCAGAUGAAGAGGACGGCCAUCGAGGCGUUCAAUGAGACGAUAAAGAUCUUCGAGGAACAGUGUCAGACUCAGGAACGUUUCAGUAAAGAAUACAUCGAGAAGUUCCGCCGAGAGGGGAACGACAAGGAGGUCCAGAGGAUCAUGGAGAACUACGACAAGCUGAAGUCGCGGAUCGGGGAGAUCGUGGACAGCCAGCGCCACCUGGAGGCGGAGCUGAAGACGCAGGCGGCCGAGUACCGCGAGAUCGACAAGAAGAUGAACAGCAUCAAGCCGGACCUGAUCCAGCUCCGCAAGACCCGGGACCAGUACCUCAUGUGGCUGACUCAGAAGGGCGUCCGCCAGAGGAAGCUGAACGAGUGGCUGGACCUGAAGAACGAGACCGCCGAGGACGAGUACAGCACGGUGGAGGAUGAGGAGGACCUUCCUCACCACGACGAGCGUCUGUGGCGUUUGGGGAACAUCAACCGCGGUCAGGCCGAGUCUCUGCUGCGGGGGAAGCGGGACGGAACCUUCCUGGUCCGGGACAGCAGCAAGCCGGGCUGCUACGCCUGCUCCGUGGUGGUGGACGGCGAGGUGAAGCACUGCGUCAUCAACAAGACGGCGACGGGCUUCGGCUUCGCCGAGCCGUACAACCUGUACGGGUCCCUGAAGGAGCUGGUCCUGCACUACCAGCACACGUCCCUGGUCCAGCACAACGACUCGCUCAACGUCAAGCUGGCCUUCCCCGUGUACGGCCCGCAGCGCCGCUGACCGCCGCCAGGGACCGCCGCCAGGGACCGCCGUCAGGGACCGCCGUCAGGGACCGCCAUCUGAGACCGCCGUCAGGGACCGCCGUCAGGGACCGCCAUCUGAGACCGCCGCCUGUCUCCAGGCUUCAGAGGACAAAUCUUCCUGAUGUGUGACGAGACGUUCGAGGACCUUGGAGAGCGUGCGUAAAAACUGAAGGACGGGCCGUCGCCGUCUUCGCACCUUUAUUCUGAAAACCGGUUUUUCAGGAGAUCCUGGAGUCUCGUCUGUUUUUGGUUCUUUCAGAGGAAAUUUCUGCUUUUAGUGUUUUUGUUCUUUCAAAAUAAAGCGACAAAGUUCUUAAAGUGGUGACAGAAACUUU